GUUACAGGACUGGCGAAUCAGCUGCUUAUCGGCGCUGGCGAUGAACACAUGUUCAUACUCCGCUUUGGCGCGCAAACAAAAAAGUCAACGACGACAACGAAAGUGAAUUUAUAAAUAAAGCACGGACGGACACAAAAUGCCGGAGAGCCUAAUCGCCGGCAUCCCGGUGCUUCCCUUUGAGCCGUAUCCGGUGCAGCGGGCGUACAUGGAGAAGGUGAUUCAGUGCUUGCGCGACGGCACUAACGGCGUGCUCGAGUCACCUACAGGCACCGGCAAGACGCUGAGCCUGCUCUGCUCCUCAUUAGCCUGGAUUCGCACCCGCCAAUCUGAGCACCAGCAGCAGAUGCUUAGCCUGAAUAAGGGCGACGCGGGAGCGGGAGCGGGCGCAGGCGCUGAGCUGUCGGAUCUGGCGAGAACCGUGGGGAAGAUCAACAAUUGGGGCGUCCCCAAGGUGAUCUACGCGUCGCGAACGCACUCCCAGCUAACACAGGCGAUGCGGGAGCUGAAGCGGACGGCGUAUGCCAACAUGCGGUCCGUGGUGCUGGGCUCCCGCGACCAGUUGUGCAUCCAUCCGGAGGUGAUGCGCGAGCAGGGCAACUCCAACAAGACUAACAUGUGCAAGCUGCGCGUCCACUCGAAGACCUGCUCGUUUCAGCUGCGCGUCGAGUCUAAGAAGGAUCAUCCGGACUUUCGCGGACCCAGCAUCAUGGACAUUGAAGAUCUGGUGAAGGUCGGUCAGCGCCUUAAGAUGUGUCCGUAUUUUGCCUCCAAGGAGCUGGUGGCCCAGGCGGACAUCACAUUUAUGCCGUACAACUAUCUGUUGGAUCCUAAGGCGCGAAAAGCCAACAAGAUCGAGCUAGGCAACACGAUUGUCAUCCUCGACGAGGCCCAUAACAUUGAAAAGAUCUGCGAGGAGUCCGCCUCUGUGCAGAUCCGCUCAUCGGACGUAGCCAUGGCCAUUGAGGACAUCACGCACAUCAUGAAGAUCUUCACCAGUGGUGAGUCGCAAGAUAUGGGCGCCGACGAGCCCAAGGAUUUUACCCUAGACGAUCUGACGCUGCUCAAGGAAAUGUUGCUGGAACUGGAAAAGGCCAUCGAUGCCGUUGUGGUGGACAAUGUAACCGAGGGCACCACCUAUCCGGCCACGAUGAUGUACGAGCUGCUGGGCAAGGCAAAUUUCAGCUAUGGCAAUGUGGCCACCAUAGUGUCGUUGCUGGACAAGCUCGUGCAGUAUCUGAUGGUGGCCUCGCAGCAGAUGAGCAUUAGGAAGGGCGGCACUUUCACCCUGCUCAGUGAUCUCCUGACCAUUGUCUUUGCCAACAAAGAGGAUGUAAUGAGCAAGGUGUACGCCAGCUUCAAGGUGCACGUCCAACUGGAGGAGACGAAGCAGCAAGGACAGCAGGGUCAGGGAAAGCCCGGUAACAAGCAGGCGCAGGGGGGCUGGCUUAGCAAAGGCACACUGACCACAAGCAGCUCUAAGCAGGCCAAGAUAGUGAAUUUCUGGUGCUUCAACCCUGGUUUCGGCAUGGAACAGCUGCUUAAUACCCAAGUGCGCAGCGUGAUUCUCACCAGCGGCACCCUGGCUCCGCUUAAGCCAUUGAUCGCCGAGCUGGCAAUACCGGUGGCCCAGCAUUUGGAGAAUCCGCAUAUAGUCGAUCAAUCUCAGGUGUAUGUCAAAAUCAUUGGAACUGGUCCCGAUCGACAGCAGCUCAUAUCCAACUACACCAAUCGGGACAAUCCUAAGUAUAUCAGCUCCCUGGGCCAGACCAUUUUGAAUGUGUCGCGUAUCGUUCCCGACGGCCUACUGGUUUUCUUCCCCUCGUAUCCCAUGCUCAAUAAGUGCGUUGAUUCGUGGCAGGCUAGUGGUUUGUGGGCAGACAUUGUAGCCAAGAAACCCAUCUUUCUGGAGCCGCGGGGCAAGGAUCAGUUCACCAGCACUAUGGAGGAGUUCUAUCAGGCCAUUCGCGACUCUAAGGGCGCCGUCUUCAUGGCCGUUUGUCGCGGCAAGGUGUCCGAGGGUCUGGACUUUGCCGAUCGCAACGGACGGGCGGUCAUCAUUACAGGACUGCCCUUCCCGCCGCUGAAGGACCCCAAGGUGAUACUGAAACGACGCUACCUGGAGGCAAAUCGAACGCGGGAAAACCAGCUUCUAAGCGGCCAGGAAUGGUAUAAUUUGGAUGCCACGCGGGCCGUCAACCAGGCCAUCGGCAGAGUGAUCCGUCAUCGCAAUGACUAUGGCGCCAUUCUGCUGUGCGAUUCACGUUUUAAAGAUGCCUCUCAGGUGCAGCAACUGUCCAAAUGGAUACGUGGUCACCUUGGCGAUCGGCCGCAGUGUUCGCCCUUCGGUCCCAUUGUCCGGGAGCUGCGUCAGUUCUUCAAGAAUGCCGAGGCCACAAUGAAGCAGCCAGAUAAACGAGAUUCAGAGCCACCUUUGCAAACGGUUUGCAAGCCGGAGGAGGAUGAGCCCCUGGCGGCCAUUAUUCCAAAGAUCAAGCGAGAGCCGGGCUGCAGUUCUUCCUUUAAGACAGCGAAUGAAACCGCAAUGAAAGUGGAGAUGGCCAAUUCCAUUAAGACGUGGACGCCCGAUGACUAUGCACAGGCUGUUGGGCGAAAGUUGGGCACUGGCGGAGCAGCGACACCCAAUGCCAUGGACUUUAUGAGCCGCCUCGACUCCAAUGUUUCGAGUAUCGACUUUAAUAGCUGCUCGGACGACAAUAGCAGCGGCAAAAUUGGUUUGGUAAAGAUCCACAAGCGAGAGCGCAGCUCGCCCACGCCGCCAAAGACGGGUGGCAGUUUUACACAGGCACCCAAGAAACGCUACAAGCUGGUGGAGAACAUAAAGGUUAAGGCGGAGCCAGAGACAGUUAGUUCCCAAGUGAAGGUGGCGCCCGAAGAGAGAGCCGACUUUUUGCGGGAGGUGCGCAGCCGGAUUAGUCGUGAUCAAUUCCGGGACUUUGGCAAGGCUCUGAUCGAAUACAAGAAUGGUACCAGAGAAAGUUUCGAUCAAUUGAUGCAGGUGCUCCUCAAGGUGCUUGUGGGUCCCCAGCUGCGCUUUCUGUUUGUCGGGAUGCGCCGCUUUCUCAAGAACGAGCACAAGCCCGAGUUCGAUCGACGGAUGUCCCAGUUAGAGUCCUGCUAAGUCCAUCUCUGAACUCGCCAGUUUUGCUUGUUGCUUGUUGCCAAGCCAGGCCAAUCUGCCAAGUGC